AGUGUCUCAGUUGCGUGCCCUGCUUAUCUUCCAUACUCGGCCGAAAGCCGACGCAUUUACCCUUUUACUUAUAUUAUAUAUAUACACAUGCACAUAUGUAAUUCCCGAGUUUCGGAUCAAAGGAAACUGCGUCACCAAUAACAUUCAUUGCCUCCUCGCCCGUUAAUCCAAGAUUGUCAAACUAGCAAAAGCUAUUCCCAGAUAUUGGUUUUGGCAUUUAUUGUCCUUUUGUGGUUUGUGUAUCCACCAUAAACAUUAUGGCGGUCCGCACAAGCAUUCAGCUUAUAUCGUAUUCUCAGGAGCUUGUGGACGGACAGCCACUCUAUGUUUCUUCAAAUUGCCUUCCUGUUAAGGCUUUAAAAUAUGAACCGGCUGGCCAUGCCUUUCAUAAUGCUGCUCUUAAACUCUUUGGCUGUGAGGAAGAUGAUACUACUGAAGUUGAUGAUCAGAAAGUCGGUAAUGAUAAGGAGCAAGCGUAUAUGCCAUCAUCUGAUUCGUAUAGCAACAAAGGGAAAAAGAAAUCUGGUGCUGAUGGCAAGCAGCAAGAUCACUAUGCAUUGCUUGGGUUGAGCCAUUUAAGAUAUCUUGCCACUGAGGAUCAGAUAAGGAAAAGUUACCGUGAAGCUGCCUUGAGACAUCAUCCUGACAAACUUGCGAAUCUUCUUCUUGCAGAGGAGACGGAGGCUGCAAAACAAGCUAAGAAGGAUGAAAUUGAGAAUCACUUCAAGUCCAUCCAAGAAGCAUAUGAGAUUUUGAUCGAUCCUGUAAGGAGAAGAAUCUAUGAUUCCACUGAUGAGUUUGAUGAUGAAAUUCCUACCGAAUGUGCCCCACAAGACUUCUUCAAGGUGUUUGGUCCAGCUUUCAUGAGGAAUGGGCGAUGGUCGGUGACCCAGCCUAUCCCGUCUUUAGGAGAUGACAGUACUCCGCUAAAAGAUGUAGACAAUUUCUAUAAUUUUUGGUAUAGUUUCAAAAGCUGGAGGGAAUUCCCACAUGCGGAUGAGUAUGACCUCGAACAAGCUGAGUCUCGGGACCAUAAAAGGUGGAUGGAGAGGCAGAAUGCAAAACUUUCUGAGAAGGCUAGGAAGGAGGAAUAUGCUCGGAUUCGUGCACUUGUUGAUAAUGCAUAUAAAAGAGACCCAAGAAUACUUAGGAGGAAGGAAGAGGAGAAAGCUGAGAAACAGAGGAAAAAAGAAGCCAAGGUUCGUGCAAAGCAGUUGCAGGAGGAAGAAGCUGCUAGGGCUGCUGAAGAGGAGAGACGCCGGAAAGAGGAGGAGGAUAAACGAGCUGCCGAAGCUGCUUUACAGCAUAAGAAAAAUAAGGAGAAAGAGAAGAAGCUCCUCCGGAAAGAGCGAACUCGACUUCGAACACUUUCUGCACCUGUUUUAUUGCAACAUUUACAUGAUCUUUCUGAGGAGGAUGUAGAAAGUUUAUGUAUGACCCUUGGCAUUGAGCAGCUUAGAAGUUUAUGUGAUAAGAUGGAUAACAAAGAAGCAUUAGAGCGGGCUAAACUUAUCCAAGAUGCCCGUGGAUACAAUAGCAACACUGAAGGGAAAAAAAUUGAUGAAACGAAUGGUUCACAUCUGAAUGGUUCUGUGGAUUCAAAUGGAAGUAUCCUCUCGAGCAGCAGCUUUGAGAAGAAGGAGAAACCUUGGACCAAGGAAGAGAUUGAGCUUUUGAGAAAAGGAACCCAGAAAUAUCCGAAAGGGACAUCUCGUAGGUGGGAGGUUAUUUCAGAGUACAUUGGAACGGGUCGGUCUGUGGAAGAGAUUCUAAAAGCUACCAAAACAGUACUCCUCCAGAAGCCUGAUGCUACCAAAGCAUUUGACUCUUUUCUCGAGAAGAGGAAACCGGCGGCAACUAUUGCAUCUCCACUUUCCACUAGGGAGGAAGUAGGAGUAGUUUCUAUGCCUUCAAGGACUGAAAACACAACUGCGAAGACAAGUAGCCCUGAGGACUCGGGUAAAACUGGAAGUAGUCCUGUCGAUGUGGUUUCUGGCAAUGGUGUUUCAUCAAGUUCGGAGCAAGAUGUAUGGUCUGCUGUACAAGAAAGAGCACUGAUUCAGGCUCUGAAGACAUUCCCAAAGGAAACCAGUCAGCGUUGGGAACGAGUAGCCACCGCUGUUCCUGGGAAGACCGUAAACCAAUGCAAGAAAAAAUUUGCAUUACUGAAGGAAAACUUUAGAAGCAAGAAAAGCACAGCUUAGUCACUUGAUUAAACACCGAGGGGCUGAGAAGUGAGAUAUAUCUUCACUAGGGAAUCGUAUUAACGCAAUUCAGAACCUGCCUGAGCUACAACAUAUGUGUAACGAAACCAACCUCUCUCCUUAGUUCCUACAUUCUGACUUCUGGUAUGGCAUAGAGGUUUCCAUAACAGAUGUUUUCUGCAGCAAUUAGCUUUAUAUAUUGAUAUAAAUUAUGCUACAUCUCAUUGAUUUUUGUAUGGAGCAGUAUUUGCAUAGAUACCUAUAACAAUGGCCAUUUUUGUUUUAAUUAAUGCAUUAUGGUUUCAAUCA